GCCAACAUUAUACCUUGCAACUAAAGCAACUUGGCUGCCCUUCUUGACAGCCGGCCGCCUAUUAAGCCCUUUCAACCUUUUGUACUCAUACUAUCAAAAAUGGCCAAGGGCGCGCGCAGCAACUCGCAAAAGAAGCUCCGGACCCAGCGCCGUGAGGAGGUGACCGAGAAGACAAAGUGGCUUGCAACGGCUGAGGAGAAGCGUCUAGCAGCGCUGGCGGCGUGCAUGGCCGCGGAGCCCCUGGAAGUGCCCAAGCCGGAGGGUGAUGACGUUGCAAUGGAGACGACAGACAAGCCCGUGACGGUUCGUGUGGCCAAGAAGCAGAAGCUCAAGGGCGCUGUCGUGAAGAAGGGCAAGAACGGAAAGAAGGUCUCGGUACUGGCGGGCAAGAACCAGUUUUACAAGAAGGGCCGCAAGGGCAACCGCAAUUAAGUCGAUGGCGAUCGGCUCAACACGGGCAUUGGCGUCAGCAACACGCUGCAGCUGCCAUGCAAGGUUUGGCCGGGAGCCAGUGCCUUAAACAUAUGACGUGUACAUUAGAUAUGACUAAAGAGCAGGUAUCUACACGCGAAGCCGGGCUGACUGGGGUUCAGGGUCAGAGCUGUUGACAGACACGAGAUACAAGGUAGCAUAGCAACGCAUGGAGGACUCACGUACGUCGGGUUCCAACAGGAGGUGGGGAUAUGUUGAGUCGGACAAACGGAGGCCGAGCAUGCCACACCUGCACUGUGGCUGUCUGAAGCGAGCCCACCAGCAGCCCCGUUUUGUCGUGACGUGGGCUGUUAGCGAGGGCAGGGCCGGUGGGCGGAGUCCAGGGUUCGUCCACAUCGGGCACAUGCUGCUUUGGUGCAGUUGAGCUGGAAGAAGAGUUAGGAGCUUUGGUUUUAUGCACAGCCCUUGUGAAGCACGAACGCAAGAGGCGUGCUACGUUUGGUAGAAGCAAUUGUUGGGUUGGUGUAGGCCCGUGCGUUGGUCAUUUGGUAGGUGCGUAGGGCUGGCGCGGCAUAGGAGAGAAGUUUCAUCAUACACAGCCAGUGCGCAAAUAGAAGCGUCUUAGAGCUUGUAACGUGCAGUCUCUGACGCAGACAAGAGACGAUGCCAUACGAGUCAUAGGACUGCGCCAGCUCGGGACCGUACGAUGCAGUAGCCUUCGCAGUCGUGCGCAGCCGUGCGGCUGCCCACCCUCACCCCCAGAGACGUAGUUAGAUAAUGUGACUGCUCUCUCU